UUUAUUAUUACAUAUAAAUCUUCGAUUUCAUAUCAAAUACUUAUGUAUUUAUUGGCGAAUAUGGCCGGAGAGGACUUACCAAAGCCUUCCCAAUCCGGCCAUCACGGUGUUGAUAUGUCUUCUGCAAUGACCGGAAUCACUUUAUUUGGUGUCCGAAUAUGCACGUUAGAAAGCGAUGAUGUCGAAUCCAAGACUAAGAAAACUCCGAAUCUUCGAAGUUUGGAAGCUUCUAGAAGGCAUGAAAAUUCAAGGAACGCGACACUUCACGACUCUUUCAAAUUGCGUCGCAAAAAGAAGAAAGAGCUAUGGUUGAACGACGAGCAUAGAUCAUUCUUGGAGGGUCUUGAAAAGCUAGGAAAGGGUUCUUGGAAGGAGAUAUCGGCGAAGUAUGUGCCAUCAAGAAGCGCAGCUCAAGUAGCAAGUCACGCUCAAAAAUACUUCAUUUGGUUGGCGAAAACUAAUAAGAAAAGACACAGUGUAUUCGAUGUUGUUAGCAAUAAAUGAAACAUUUGGUAUCGGAUAUUCCAAAUGUAAUUUCAAGUAUAUGUCUGAUUCCAUAUUUCAAGCAUUUGUAUCGGGAAUUUAGCUUUAUUCACACCUUAUUUUUUUGAAUA